AUGUCCAUGAAACUGGUCUCCAGCGGUAGUUACAAUGUACGAGCGUCUGAAAUGGCGCAUUUACAAGACCGCACUCCUAAGACAGUCAACUGUGUUGUCCACUUCCUGGACGACACCAUGGAGACCUUUGAAGUUGAUAAACGUGGCAAAGCUCAACAACUGCUGGAUCAAGUGUUUGAUCACCUGGAGCUAGUGGAGAAAGACUACUUUGGCCUCCAGUACAUAGACCCAUCUCCUGGGGAUGAUAGUCUGCGAUGGCUAGACCCCUUGAAGACAAUAAAGAAACAGUGCCGGGGGCCUGCAUUUGAGUUCUACUUCCGAGUCAAAUUUUAUGUAUCAGACCCAAGCAAGUUAGCAGAAGAGUAUACCAGAUAUCAUUUUUUUUUGCAAGUGAAGAGGGACAUCUUAUCAGGAAAAUUAGUAUGUUCAGAAGCUAAUGCUGCUUUACUAGCUAGCUAUGCCGUACAGUCCGAGUUAGGAGAUUUCAACCCAGAAGAACACAGGGAAGGCUACCUCAAUGGUUUUCUGUUUAUUCCACAUCAAAGUGUAGAAUUUGAGAAGCUGGUGGCAGAAAAGCAUAAACAGCACAGAGGCCAAACACCAGCAGAUGCUGAAUAUAAUUUUUUGGAACGAGCGAAGCGUCUAGAAAUGUAUGGAGUAGAUUUACAUAGUGCAAAGGAUCAAAAUAACAUAGAUAUUCAACUAGGUGUGACAUCUGCUGGACUCGUGGUAUUUCAGAAAAACGUCAAGAUAAACACAUUCUCGUGGGCAAAGAUUGUGAAAAUAUCAUUUAAAAGAAAGCAGUUUUUCAUCCAGUUGAGAAGAGAGGUAAUUAGCAAACUUGUAGAAGAUAGCAUAGAGGAUAGUGAUGACAAGGGAGAGAAAUCUGAAAAUGAGCCAGUUGAAAACUUGAUCGGUUUUAAUAUGGUGAGCUACAGGUCUUGUAAGAACUUGUGGAAAUCUUGUGUGGAGCACCAUACCUUCUUCCGGAUGCACCACCCCAAUCCUCCCAGCAAAAAGUUGUUUACAAUGGGAUCCAAGUUCCGGUACAG